CAUUCUUUAUUGGUUUUCAUAAAGACCGUUUUUAUAAUGACCCCGGGGCACCAGCGGCCGCUGAGAGGGAGGACCCCGGCUCACCUGGAACCGGCUCACCUGUGCCCGGCUCACCUGUCCUCCCUCCCUCGCUGUCGGGGCGAAGCUCCCGCGGCCGCUGCUCUCGGCGCAAUGAGCGGCGCCGCGCUCCUCUACCUGCUGGCCGCACUUACAUCCUUGAAUGCAAUGAUGGUCAACGUGAAGGUCCCGCACAUGGAAAUAGCUCGAGGAGAUGCUUUACAUUUACAAUGUACCUAUCAAACCACCGCACCAACUAAAAACCAUCUUAACAUUGAAUGGAUUCUAGUCGAAGAAGUACCGAGUGAAAUGGAACCAACGAUCGAUGUAAUCCAGUACUUCUACGACGGAUUAUACAGCGUUGGAAAAAAGUACAAGGGCAGAGUAAAUUUUACAGGAGAUGCCAACGGGGAAGAUUGUUCAAUAGCGAUCCAGAAUGCGCAGAUAACUGACACUGGAACCUACGUGGUAGAAGUCACAACACCUUAUGAUUUGGUUGGUACGCGGAAAGAAACAGUGGAUGUGACUGUAUUGGGUGACAUCAGCCAGGAUGUUUUGCCUUGUAAUAAGUUCUUCACAAUGAGAAUCAUUAAGGCAAUUGAAACCUUCACGUUGUACAUCAAUGAUUUGGAUGAUGGCUUUAUGGACAAGAAUGCAGAUAAUACAAAGAUAGGUGUAGGGGCAGGCGGUGUAGAGGAAGCAGGGAGUCUGCAGAAGGACUUGGACAAGUACGGAGAGUGGGCUAAGAAGUGA